GCGUCCCCGCAGCGGUGGCGGACACGUGGCUGUAGCUGGGGCAGGGUCGGUGGUGGUGGUGGUGGUGGGAGGGGGUGUAGCCUACGCCAAUCAUGCUGUCCAGGAAGGGGAUCAUCCCUGAGGAGUACGUGCUGACCCGACUGGCCGAGGAUGUCCCGGAUCACACGCGCCACCGAACCCGGGAGCGUCGGGCCAGGUUCGUGGGCAAAAACGGGGCGUGCAAUGUGGCGCACAAGAACAUCCGGGAGCAGGGCCGCUUCCUGCAGGACGUCUUCACCACCUUGGUGGACCUGAAGUGGCCCCACACGCUGAUCAUCUUCACCAUGACCUUCCUGUGCAGCUGGCUGCUCUUCGCUAUGAUUUGGUGGCUAAUCGCCUUCGCCCACGGGGACCUGGACCACAGCACCCGCCAGCUGCGCCGUCAAGACGGGCUCGGGGAUCGGGAGGCGGCGGCGACCCACUUUGUGCCCUGCGUAACCGACAUCAAUUCCUUCACCUCCGCUUUCCUCUUCUCCAUCGAGGUGCAGGUGACCAUCGGCUUCGGGGGCCGCAUGGUGACCGAAGAAUGCCCCCUCGCCAUCCUUAUCCUCAUCCUGCAGAACAUCGUGGGGCUGCUGAUCAACGCCAUCAUGCUGGGCUGCAUUUUCAUGAAGACCUCGCAGGCGCACCACCGCGCCGAGACGCUCAUCUUCAGCAAGCACGCCGUGAUCGCGCUCCGCGGGGGGAAGCUCUGCUUCAUGCUGCGCGUGGGCGACCUGCGCAAGAGCAUGAUCAUCUGCGCCAGCAUCCGCAUGCAGGUGGUGAAGAAGAGCACCAGCCAGGAGGGCGAGGUGAUGCCCCUCAACCAGAUCGAGAUCCAGAUGGAGAACCCGGUGGGGGGCAAUAGCAUCUUCCUGGUCUCCCCGCUCAUCAUUUACCACGUGAUAGACAAGAAUAGCCCCCUGUACGAGGUAGCCCCAGCCAGCCUCACUCACCACGAGGACCUGGAGGUGAUUGUCAUCCUUGAAGGGGUGGUAGAAACCACAGGCAUCACCACCCAAGCCAGGACCUCUUACCUAGCGGAUGAAAUACUUUGGGGCCAGAGGUUUGUGCCUAUAGUGUCAGAGGAGGAUGGACAAUACUCGGUAGACUAUUCAAAGUUUGGCAACACGGUGAAGGUGCCCACUCCAAACUGCACAGCCAAACAAUUGGAUGAAGACCUGAGUAUCAUGGACACUAUUUCUUUGUCACCCAAAGGCACCAUCAGAAAAAGGUCUGUUAGGUUAAAGCCCAAAUUUACCAUAUCUGAGGAGACCUUGUGACAACUCUGUGGACUUGCCUGUGACAGCAGGCAUAAGAGACAUGGAGGCAGCCUCUGUUUCAUUUUUCAGGUUGGUCCCAUCGAUUUAUGGGCUGUAUUUAAUGUUUGUGAUGUAAGACGAAGUAUGUGACUCAGGGUAACAUCAGGAAAACUGAGCAUGCAUAAAGCUUUCUUCAGCUUUCUUAUGUACUGUAUUUGCCCUUGAGAUAGGUAAAUCUCCCAAAAAGAUAGACAUCUCUUUUUUUUUUCUUGAGAAAUUAUUUUCUAUGUUUGGGAUUGAAUUAUUUCUUUUUCCACAAUGAAAAGGCACUAAUACUGUAAUCAGCUAUUUAUACUUACGAAAAGACACUAUAGGUGCAAGAGUGCCCAUUGAUGUGGCUAUACUGAACGAAUAAAUGUAUUGAUUCAAUUUAUAAAUGAUAACUGCAUGCUUCCUUUGAUUGCAGGUGAAUUAGGAGGUAUAUUGGCUUAUGGUAUGCAAUAGGUGAUAUAAUAAAGUUAAUUCCACAUGUUGUGUUAGGACAUACAGGGAAAAAUUUUUUUUAAAAAAAAUUAGAUAAUUAGGAGGAAAAGCAGUCAGGAUUGUGGUCUGCAAAAGAAAAAAUGAAUUUCUGAGUAGUACAAUCCUAUCCAGAUCUACUCAAAAAUAGGUUCCACUGAGUUCAGAGGGACUUAUUUUUAAUUCAGUUAAUAUAGGAUUUUAACUUCAAUGGGUUUAGAGUGUCAUAGUCACCCUUCGCUGCUACCCCAAUCUUUUUUUUACUGUAAAACACUGUAUAUUAUUUGUAUGAAAAAUAUUGAAUUAAUGUGGGCACUUUUAUGUAACUUACCUGCAGGAGCAGACUCUGUUUGAAUGUUAUAACUGAAAAUUGAUCUUUCCAGUUUUUUGAAAAAGGAUAACAUUUGAAAAAAUACAGAUAUUUUUAAGGAAAGAAUACUGGGUAACCAACUGGUUUGAUCUUUCUCGUUUUCAGUUCCUAUAAUAUUCACUGACAAAUAGAAGCAGUAGGGUUGACAAAUGUAAUCCUAGCUGUCAUGUGAAUUCCCAUCUCUAUCAAAUG